GCGGGUCCGAUUGAACAAUUGACAAUUGACAAUUGAUUGACGACGGAGCAGUAUUGGUUUCGAGGGUGUCACGACUUCAAUUACAUUCAAUUACAUUCACUUACCUUCUUUUCUUCGAAGCCAAUCCCUUGAUUGGCAACAUUUUGAUACCCCAUCCCCUUCCUUUUGUUAGUUUCCCACACUCGGUUGGGCAGGUUCUUGUCACAGCGACUUCACACACAGCAAGAUGGGCUGCAUUGGAGGUCGAAAACAGGCGGAAAUCCGUCCUGAACAGAAGUGGGAUGCUAUUAGUCUAAAAGACUUCAAGUCAACAUCAUGUUUCACUCCCUUCGCCUACGCUUACCUUUACUUUUCUCUUAUUAUAUCCGUUGCCGUUUAUGGUGUUGAUACAUUUACCGCCAUCAAUUUGUUAGCUUUCAAUACCUGGUCGUCCAGUAUUGCACCUACUCAGCUCAUCUCGAGAGACGUAUCGAAAUGGAUCUUUUCGAUUUGCAUCAUCGCCUCUUUCGUCAAUUUGGCAUUCGAGCAUAUCCGUGCCAUGAGGGUCAUGAAGCGAGGAAGUGUAGCCGAAUGCUAUCUUGACAAUCUCGCCGUGCGCUUAGAAAGUGCACGGCUCGGGAAGGGUCAGGGAUGGAGGCGCUUUCUUGUCUUCGCCGAAUUGACUAAGUCUAAGAAGGGUGCUGAAUAUGUCGCGCUCUUUACGUACUUCAGCUUCCAAUCCUGGAUUCGAGUUAUAUUCUGCUCCGGACCGCGACAAGUUGUCAAUGCUCUGACCUUGUUAUCUGUUUAUAAUUCGAAUCUCAUUCCGACCGAUGUUUCUUCCGUGCAGAGCACGCUCGGGACAUUCUUUGACAAGCUCGAACAUCUCGCCGACGAAAACAAGCAGCAGGUGGUGAUCCUAUCGGGCAUGGUGUUCACGUUAGUCAUCUGGGCUUUUUCUGUACUUUUCCUACUCAUCGCGGCUCUAUUUUACGUCUUCUUCCUCUGGCAUUAUAUCCCCCGACAGGACGGUGGGCUCCACGGUUACUGUGAGCGGAAGGUCAACAAACGAUUGACGAAAAUCGUGACGGUCAAAGUCAAUAAGGCUAUCGCUAAGGAAGAGCGAGACCGGAUGAGGGCCGAGCUUAGGGCGGCGAAGAAGGCUGGUGAAAAGCCGCCCCUUGGACGACAAGCGACCUUACCGACCAUACCGACUCUCAUGGACGACGGUACAGAAGACAAACUCCCGGAGAUGCCUAUGCUCAAUCGUAACGAUACCAUGGCUACCCUACCAGCAUAUACCUCGCGACCUGGUUCGCAGCAUAGCAUCGAGCUCAAUUCUUGGGAUCAGAAGCGACCAGCACCAUCAAGACAGGGAACAAUGAAUACGAAUGCCUCAGCAUCCAGCUUUUCUUCGCGAACUCCAUUGGUGGGCAAUGCAGCCGGGAUGGGCUUUGAUCGAUCGGCGUCUCCCGCGCCGACUCUACCGCAAAUUGACAUGGCCAACUUCCAGCCGCCUGCGCGUCCGGCAACUGCAGCCUCGAAUAGGAGUUUUGGGCCCGGUCCCCAACCCGUCCGGGUGCAGACUAACGGGAGUGGAUUUGGUGCCGGGUAUGCUGCGAGCCCGUCUACGUAUUCGCCGGAUACCUCGUCUCCAAUGGACGGCUAUCGCCGACCCGCCCCCGUGCCCCGUCCGUUCAACCAAAUGGGUGGACGCUCUAGCCCAGCUCCAUCUGUUUAUUCGAACCGCGGGCCGCCUUCGAAUGGGCCACCAUCCUAUGGUGGCCAACCUUACCCACCCCCUCGUAGUAUCACGAAUCCUCCUAUGCUCUCUGGACAGAGAAUGCCACCACAGCGGAAUAUGACAGCACCGAUGCCGCCCCGGCAGCAGGAUGGAUACUACGGGCAGCGCCCUGGAAUGGCUCCGAGUCACCAGAGGGAUACGAGCCAGGGAUAUAACUAUGGCAGUGAUAUGGAAUCGCAGCGUGAUUUUCCAAGAUACUAGUAGUAUUCACUGUUAAAUGACGGUUACGCAGGAAGAGUGGGAUAGACGCGGAUACCCAGAUACCCUAAUAUCAUACCAAUUACGUAAAUAACGUUGAUGGUAUAUCCCUGAUCAUGGUUUGGAGCUGGUGCGAAUAGGCAGAAGGCCGUUGUGUUUAGGAAGCGUCCGGAGAAAGUGGCGUUCAGAGGUAAAUCCGAUGAUUUUCAAAUAAUGAGACUUCGAUGUAUUAUACAUAACCGUAUUUGCUGUCAUUCUGUCGAGUAGCUACCUUUACGGCUACUAGUUUAACCUAUACCACGGAUAUUCCUCGG